CCCGCGCGCCACUCACCACACAGCCCCCACGCCGCGGUACGUCCCAACGCCACAGCUCUGCGUGCGUGCGUGCGUGCAAUGGCGCUCGUCUCCGCCUCCUCCUCCUCCACCGCCGCCGUCGCGGCCCUCCCCAGGAACGGGCUGCGGACGUCCUUCCUCGGCGGCGGCAGGCUGCUAAGGCAGGCCGAGGCGGCGGCGCGGCCGUCGUUCGCCGUGCACGCCGCGGCGGAUCCCGACAGGCCCAUCUGGUUCCCCGGAAGCACCCCUCCGUCGUGGCUCGAUGGCAGCCUCCCCGGCGACUUCGGCUUUGAUCCCUGGGGCCUCGGAUCGGACCCGGAGAGCUUGCGGUGGAACGUGCAGGCGGAGCUGGUGCACUGCCGGUGGGCGAUGCUGGGCGCGGCAGGCAUCUUCAUCCCGGAGUUCCUGACCAAGAUCGGCAUCCUCAACACGCCAUUUUGGUACACCGCCGGCGAGCAGCAGUACUUCACCGACACCACCACCCUCUUCCUCAUCGAGCUCAUCCUCAUCGGCUGGGCCGAGGGCCGCCGCUGGGCCGACAUCAUCAAGCCCGGAAGCGUCAACACCGACCCCAUCUUCCCCAACAACAAGCUCAUAGGCACUGACGUCGGGUACCCUGGUGGGCUUUGGUUUGACCCGCUCGGCUGGGGCAGCGGCUCGCCGGAGAAGAUCAAGGAACUGCGCACCAAGGAGAUCAAGAACGGCCGCCUCGCCAUGCUCGCCGUCAUGGGCGCGUGGUUCCAGGCCGAGUACACCGGCACCGGCCCCAUCGACAACCUCUUCGCCCACCUCGCCGACCCCGGCCACGCCACCAUCUUCCAGGCCUUCACCCCCAAAUGAGGAGUUGGAGUUAGCGAUUUGAGGGGUGCUACCAAGCAUACAUGCAUGGGGGAGAAGAUUGUUAAAUUUUUGUGGGGGCGGAGUAGACUGCCAAUGAUGAUGGAAUGGUUUGUGGAGCCAUGCAUGCAUGUUGAUCGUGUACUUGUACUUUGUUGUAACCAAUGUAAAAAUGCAAUACCCGUUAGAUGUUAUGUUCUCUUCACUGAA